AAUGUAACAUCUCAGCUACCCUCCUGAUAAAAAAAUUUAGAAUUAUUAAUUCAGUUUUAAAGCCAAAUUGGGGAAAGGUGCUUAUGGCACAGUUUAUGCUGGAAGAAAUACCUUAGAUAGUAUAUUUACAUUUCUAAUAUAGAUAACAUUGUUGCACUCAAAGUAAUUGACAAAAAAUUACUUCUUACUGAUUAUGCCAAUCAAUUAAUUGCUUCAGAAAUUGAAAUAAUGAAGAAAAUUAAUGAUUCUCAUGUUGUUAAACUAUUGGAUGUACUAUAAAGUGCAAAUAAUACAUACAUAAUAACUGAGUAUUGUAAUGGAGGAGAUUUAAGGGAAUUUAUAAAGAAUAGAAAGUACUAUAUUCAUAUAUUUAGAGUUAUUCCUGAAGAUGAAGCACUCAAGAUCAUGAAUGAUUUAUUAUUAGGAAUUAAGGCUCUACUUAAAAUUGGAAUCAUUCAUAGAGACAUCAAACCAGCAAAUAUUCUUGUCCAUGAUAAUCAAUUCAAAAUAACUGAUUUUGGUUUUGCCAAAUAAAUUGAUGCUAAUCUAGAUACCAUAAUGAAUUCAUUAGUUGGUACUCCAUUAUACAUGAGUCCUUAAAUUUUAAAAAGAACUAAAUAUUCUUCCAAAUGUGAUAUUUGGUCAUUAGGUUUAAUUUUAUAUGAAAUGCUUUAUGGGAUGACUCCAUGGCAUUCUCAAAAUCUUGUUGAAUUAAUGAAUAAAUUGGAUUCUAAAGUAAUUAUAUUAAUUUUAUUAAAUUAGCCUUUAUCUUUUCCAGUACAUCCAUAAGUUUCAGAAAACACAAAGAAACUCAUUAAAGGUUGUCUUUAGAUUAAUGAAGAAAAAAGAUGGAGUUGGGAAGAUCUAUUUAAUUCUGUUAAUAUAAAUUUAAAAACAAUUGAUAAUUAAUAAGAGUCUCCUACUUCAACAAUUAAAGAGGAUACUUAAAUUGCAACUCAAAGGGAAAAUCAAAAUUAUAAUUAAUCAAAGUAUUCAAUACAAAUGCUUAGAAUAAAAUAAAGAACUGAAUCAUUAUGUUAAUAAAUUAAUAAACAUAAUAGAAGUUUUAGUAAUACUGCUUUUCUUACUAAUAAUACAAUAAAAAGAUAUGAAAAUAAAACUCCAAUCAAUGAAAAAUAAAAAUAGAUUACUAGUUAUUUGGAUCUUAAAGAAAAAUUAAAGUAAAAUCCAGGAAAAGUAGAGAGAGAAAGAAGCAACUCUUAAAAUUCAAAAUUUCACACUUAAAGAUCAGAAUUAAAUAAUUAUUUGGAGAAAAUCCAUCAUGUUCAACAAAAACUAAAUAGUAAUAAUGAUUCAUGUAGAACUCCAAGUGCUUUAUAAUCACAUUCAACUAAUACAUCAAAUAAAUAAAAUUAUGAUUUAGACUUAGUGAAAGUUUCUGAAUUCUAAUUUGAAGACAAUAAAGGUUCUGAUUAUUUUACUAUGUUCAGAAAUCCAAAGACUGAAAGGGUUAAAAGAACAAAUAGUUUAAGUGGUAAUUUUGGCUAUUAAUAAUAACAUUCUCCAUUCUAAGGUAAAUCUUCGAUAUAAUAACUGAUAAAAACUUUGAGUAAUUAAUUAGAACUUAUUCCUAAUCAUGUGAAUUGUAAAAUUGAGAUUAAUACUAUGGUUAUUUUACAUAAGGAUUUAAUCAAUUAUACUCAAAAUAAACAAAUAUAUACAAACUAAGAUUUGAGAGAUCUCAAAUCACUAAUAAAUAAUCUAAUUUCAUAUUUAAAUACUAAUUCAGGGGAACAUUCUAAUAAAUAAUCGUAAGUAUUGUUGUUAUUAUUGCUAACUUAUCAUAAAGUAUUAAUAUUCAAUAUCAAAAAUAAAUCUUUAAACAUAGAUGUAUGUUUAAUAGAAUCAAUAAAAAAGAAUAUCUAAAUUUAAUAGAAUUAGAUGAAUGUAGAGUCAAAAUUAAUAAGAGAGCAAAUACAUUAAUUAAUGUGA